AUGUCCGAGAAACUCCAGGCAGAUAAGCCUGCAACACACUAUUUGUCGAACUUGGACAACUUGAAUCAGACAAAUAAUGCGGUGAGUCUAUCUCGGCUCCCGACGUUGGGAGAGAUUCUUUCCAACAAGACGAAACUGCCGGUUAACUUGUACACUUUCUACUUGUACAUGCAAUAUGUGGAAAACAACGUGGACCUUUUGGAUUUUUGGUUUGAUCUUAUUGCUCACUUGAAUCUUUGCAAACACUACGUGAAGGGCCUUCGAGAUUCAAUAGUCAGAAGCUCCACUCAUUAUGGCACUCCCGUGCUAGGACAGCAGCAGAGCCUCUCCGGGAGCCCACAUAGAGACUCAUAUCCAUUGACAGAGGGAAGCAAACACAAAUCCGUUUCGCUGUCGAUGCUUUUGGACCUUAUUAUCAAUGACCAUAUACUAGAGGACAACGACUCCAAUAGACUCUCGCAAUUCCUUCGAGGUGAGAUCAACUUGAAUGAUGUGGAUCCAAAAAUCAAGGAGCUCAUCGACAAAUAUCAGGAAGAAGAGGCUGUGAAUCCACCGUCACCAAUUGUGGAUCACGCUCUGUUUGGAGGAAUCCACGAAAAGAGGGUCUCGUCGAACUCAAAACUUCUUGACGACUCCUUCGACCAAACAAACACUUCCUUCGGCUACCCACAGCUGCCGCAGCCAGGCAGCACUCAGACACACCAGGGUAAGACCUACCAGUCGCUUAGAAGAUCGUCUAUCAACCCAUCUUUGCUCGAAAAAAUUAUCAGAGAUUCAAAACACAGCACGGGAUCUUUUAUCACACGCAAUAACCUCAAGGAAUCGUCGCAUAAUCUUUUGCUUAAGUACUUUGUUGAGGACUCUGAGAAAAAUCUCAAUCUCUCCACCAAACUUAACAACUACAUCAUUAAUGCAAUUGAGGUGGAGGGCAGAGACGACCCAGACGUCUUCAACGGGGUAAAGAGAUAUGUUUUUAACAUCAUUGAAAACCACGACUUGCCGAACUUCCUUAAUUUUGUUGCCAUCAAAAACGUCAAUCGCUCGAUCAACGCUCGAAUUGUGGUUGGCUUCUUCUUCAUCUUUGCAUCGUUCUGGAUAGCUUUCACAUUGAUCUUUCUAGAUUUAUCCAAAGGCUAUCGAGCCGUGAUAAUUGCGCUGUUCUUUAUUGGCUUCUACUGCCUUGUAUCAUCAAUUUACCGUCUCGACCCUAUCUUAGCGUUUCUUGGGUUCAGCGAGUCAUUCAUCCCAGGAAAGUCACUUCUAAAAGUGAACGAUCUUUUUAUUUACCGUCUUCUACUCAAGAGAUCAUUAUGGGUUCUAGCACUCAUUCUUUUGUUUACCGCAAUCCUUUCAAUUAUUUUCUGUCUCGUUCCAGGGAGACGCCUUUAA